GAAAAAAGGAAAAAAAGAAAAAGAAAAAAAAGGGUAGGAAAGAAAGAAAACCCUAAGCCCCAUGAGCCCCAUCCACUUCCUCUUCCUUCUCCCUCUCACGUGUGCUCAAGCCGCCAUACACGCACCGCCCGUCCUCUACACCUCCGGCGAUCCUGUCUCCUCUCCGACGCUAUUGCGGCAGUUCACCCACCCUCGAACCACCGGUGAUUCUCAUCUUGGACCCAUACUCUUCUUCGUUUUACUUCUCUUGCUGCUACGCUUGGUGAUAACAUUACACACUCUACAAAGAGAGACUGGUUUAGGAAUUGUUGCCCUAGGGAGAUGGGAGCUCUUGCCCCUGUCGCGCCUUGGACUCCUGAAGACGAUAUUCUGCUCAAGAAUGCCGUUGAGGCAGGUGCUUCCUUGGAAUCCCUUGCUAAAGGUGCUGUGCAGUUUUCUCGAAGAUACACAGUAAGAGAAUUACAAGAACGAUGGCAUUCUUUACUUUAUGAUCCAAUUGUAUCUGAAGAUGCAUCUAUGUCCAUGAUUGACUUUGAGCGCUCUUCUCCCCUUCCGUCAAAGUUUAACAAAUUUGGUAAUCCAAAAGAAACUAAAUGUAUUGGUGGGAAGAGAAAAUAUGGGACUGUACGUCGUCGCUAUUAUACUCUGCGUAGAAGAAUUUGCAAUGAACCAUUUAACCCUAUGGACCUGGGUUUUCUUGUUGGACCCAGUGAUAGUAACUAUGGUGUUGAAGAACCUAUAUCAGGAAAUUGUAUUCCUCCAACAUCAGAUGGUUUCGGACUUCAGGGCUCAGAGCUGGGGAUCUUGCAAUGUAAUUUUGCUCAAAAUGGGAUGAAUACUGAUGAUGCAGAACACACUUUUCAUUCUGAAUGCCAACAUACAGUUGAAAAGCAUUUUUCUAGGAGCCUUGAGAAUGGACAGGAGGGAAUUUCUCACAUUAUGGGAGAGAGUCUUCCUCUCUCGGCAAAUGAAUCUCAUGUAGAAGAAAUGGCUCCAUCAGCUGGCUUUCCAGUCCACAGUCUCUUUGAUAAUGAUUUAGAGGUGAGACAUUCUACUUUUGGUCAACUUAGCAAUGAUCAGAGAGCAAUGGGCUCUGAACUAGAGGAUAAUGAUGUCUUUAAUUCUCCUGUUUCUGAUUCUGGUGCAUCAUUUCACAAUGUUGAGUACUCAUCUCCUCUUCCUGGUAUGCCAAUAUGGAGAAAUGCCUCAGCACCGGCCUUGCCUAUUGAUGUUGGCUUUGCAGAUAAGGAUAUGCCUAUAGGUGACUCUUUUGAUCUACCUGAUGAUGAUGGGAACAAAAACAUUCAAAAUGCAAGACUAGCAGGCUAUGAUGCUCAUUCUGACUUGAAGUUGAAGAUUGAAGUCCAGCACGACCAUUUGAAAAGUCCAAAUGCCACUGCUGAAGUUGAUUUUGCAGAAUUGUCUAAUUCUCUUUUGAACUUAAGCAAUGAAGAUGAGCUACUUUUCAUGGAUGUUGAUGGAAAGGAUGUGAUUGAUAAGUCAUAUUAUGAUGGUUUAAGCUCACUUUUGUUGAAUUCACCUAAUGAAGUCAACCAUGACCAAACAACUACUGGAAUUAAUGCAGAAACAGGGUGGCCAACGGAUGCAUUGGUAGACCCCCCCACUGCAUGUUCUGGAAAGUUAUAUGAAAAAGAAUCCCAUGGUGGUGUUGGACAUUUGGAUUGUAGUUCAGAAGCCCAUCCGUCACCAUCCGCUUCUUUAGGCAGUCAAUGCCCUGGAAAAGGUAACGAACCUCUUUUUUGCGCCUUGAACACAGAAGACCCAGAAAUCCCGAGCAAUGACGAUGUUUUUCUACCUCCGUUAACACCAAUGGGGAGCCAAUUUCAAGAUUCUACCUUUUCAUCUACCAAGGAUUUCACUUAUGAUGAGAAAUCUGGUGAGACUCAGUACCUUGUGAGGGAGAGGAAAAAUCAUGGACAACCUCGUGCAUUGCACGGUUUCCCUGAAAGAGUUGAAAAGCAUCUGGUUGGUGGAGCUUCAGUUAAUUUGAACAAAUUAUCCCAUGGCAACUCCAGACACUUGUCACCUGUGAAUAAUAUUAGCUCAAUAAAUGUAAAUAGUGAUGCUAUCCAGCCUGUUGUGUUCAAGGAAGAAAACAAUGAAAUUUCUCGGGUAAAUCAUCUUGGCCAAAAUUUUUUAAAUGCUCAUGUAGAGAAGCCAGGCUUUGAUUCUGACAAUGUUAGAAGAUACACACCAAGUGCUGCUUGUGGCAUUAAACAGGAACCAGAUAUAUUGGCUACAUUGAAAGAUCAUCGUUUAUCACAGGAAGAGGGUACUCAAGGUGUUUUUUGUGCAGAACAGGAUGGAAUAUCUUCGACAUCCGAUCAAGAUGAUUUAUUAUCUAUUGACAGUGAAGACGACAUACCACAUUUUUCAGAUAUUGAAGCAAUGAUACUUGAUAUGGACUUGGAUCCAGAAGAUCAGGAGCUGUAUUCUAGUGAAGAAGUCUUAAAAUACCAACAUGUGGAGACACGGAAGAGCAUCAUAAGACUGGAGCAAGGGGCUAAUGCUUGCACCCAAAGAUCUAUUGCGUCUCAUGGGGCAUUAGCAGUUCUGCAUGGCCGGCAUUCGAGGCAUUUCAUUAAGAAGUCAGAGGUUCUAUUAGGUAGAGCAACGGAGGAUGUCAUUGUGGACAUUGACUUAGGAAGGGAGGGAAGUGGUAACAAAAUAUCUCGACGGCAGGCUAUUAUAAAAAUUGAUCAAGAUGGAUUUUUCUCCCUGAAGAAUCUUGGCAAAUGCUCAAUCUCCAUUAAUAGCAAGGAUGUGGCCCCUGGUCACUGCCUGCGACUGAAUUCUGGCUGCAUUAUUGAGAUAAGGGCAAUGCGAUUUAUAUUUGAGUCGAACCAAACUUGUAUGAAGCAGUAUUUGGAUAACAUAGGCAAGAUGUCUCACAAACAGGAGUUUCAAUCAUGAUGACAGAUGUCAACCUAGCUAGCAUGAACAGUUGUACACUUGGGAGGUGCUCGUUUUUCUGCACUUCAUGGAUUCUUUAGGUAUACCUGGUUAAGUUUUGUUUUUAAUAAAUAGAAAAUUAUUAUGAAUAUAAAUAAAUGGUUGUCUUUCAUUGGGAAAAAACAACGAAAUAAUAUAAGGACAUACAAAAAUGAACUCAGAGCACCCUAGAGCAAGGGUCUCCUAAUCUAACAAAAUAUAACAUGAGGAGUAAGAAAGGGUAUGCUGUGUUAAGUUGUUAUCUGGUAUAUGAGUUGAAAUGCGAAUUCUAUUUGUUUCACUAAUUCAGUAGGAAUUUUGUUUGAUGUUUGGUGAUUGGACGUCUUUUUCUCAAUGAGGUUUCAUUGGAUUGCUAAAGAUGGGAAGCAAUAGCAACACAUUUCUGGAGAUUAUUUUGACCGGUAACAUCAGCCAGGAGCUGUCCAACCAAAUUGUGAAGAUAUAGGUAUAUCUAUUCUUGUUCCCUACCCAACCUGGCUACGAUACCUGACUCAAACCUGCAUUCUGGUUACUCCUAUAGAAAUCCAAGUUGGAUCCGAACAUGAUGUUCCCACUUGUUGCUCUUGGAGCACCAGCUAAAGUUGCUAUCCUUUUUGAUAUAGCUAGCUUGAGGUCAAAUUAAAGGUAAUUGAUGUUGGAAGUCUUCUUUUAAACUUUCUUGUAUUUUUCGGGCUUUUGCAGCGGUUUCUUGGCUAGUCUCUGUUUAACUUCUGCAGGCCUGGUUAAUGCUAUUUAACCACAGUUUGUAAGGGCUGCUGUUCAGCUUAUAAACGUGUAUUCACAAGCUAUUUUAGCUCAUUGCAAAUCAUUGUAGUAGUGUCUUGGAUGUUUUACAGCCAUUGGUAGUUUGGUUAUAGAGUGCAGCGACCUAAAUACUAGAAAUUUUCUAAUUGGAUUACAUUGGAAGCAGAGGACACUCACCCAGUUUUGGUCCAAUGCAGUUGGGUGGGAGUCCGUUUGAGGAAAUCAAGAAUGAUUGAUAUACAAUCGUGUAUUUGCUCAAUUAUCUUGUCAAGUAGAGCAACUCACAACGAAUCAACGAGUGCCUGGGGAUGUAGAAAUGAUGGAAAAUGCUACAAGAAAGUUUUCGAGACAACUAAAACCGCAAGAUUCCCAAGAAGAAACAAAAGACGGUUUGAUUUGUCUACCAAAAUCUGAAUUUGGAUGAAGAUUGGCAUACCGGGAGGAUGAACGUUGGGAAGUUUUUACAUCGGUUAAAAUCAUAGACAUUUUCUUUGAGGUCAAACUACUUAUAGUGCUUUCAAUGUAUCAAGAAAAUAACCCAAACCCUUGUUGAUGAGAGGUUUGCUUCCCUUCAAAUUAUAAACAAAUCUUUCUCCAGUCAAUAUCCAAGAAAAUAUGGUGAGAAGGUUUCUAGAACAUUUAUUUUUGAAAUACAAACAAGUAUCAUAAAUGUUCAUACAAA